ACAAAGCGUCGUUUUCAUUGGUUCCGUUUACGUGCAGACAACUAUCAAGUAUUCAACCCUUUUCUUUCGUAGAGAAAACAACUCCUCCGAAGUCUGGGUAGAUAAAACAGCAAAAACCUGCUACUAAAGUCAAGCAUACUAGAUUGUGUACAAGCCGCCGUUACGUGGCUAACGGCGUGGGUUGGGAUUGGUAAAGUAUAAACAAGUUAGGUUGCAGUUUGCGCGUGCGUACUUGAAAUCUCUUGCUGAGCUGAGGGAAGGAGGUUGCAUCUUCCUCGGUGGCCUUGGGAAGAAGCAGCUUCGCGGGGCCAGGUCGGAGUUUAUGCCGGAACGACGUCUUUGAGGCGAGUGGAGGGAGGGCCCCUCCAUGCCAGGGCCGCGAGGCCCAAGCGUUCGGCCUGCUCCUUCCGCUGCCACCCCUUCUAACGUCGCCGCCCUGCUGCUCUUCUGGUUUUUUUUGCCGCUCUUCGUCCCCCUGAGGGAGGCGGCGGCGUUUUCGGAGGGUGAUGGCCGGUCCGGCGCUGCAGCCGCGGCGCUUCCGGUAGUAGGUGACGUAAUCGUGGAGGACGAUGAAGCCAGUGGGGUGGCCCAGGCCGCAUCCCCCAGUGAACAGGAGGAAGAAGCAAUGGAAGCUCCCACCCGAAGCGGUAGUUUCAGAUCAUUAAUAAUUAUAAGUACUUUGGAUGGACGGAUUUCUGCUUUAGAUCCAGAAAACAGUGGUAGAAAACAAUGGGAUCUGGACGUGGCAUCAGGUUCUCUUGUUUCAUCUAGUCUUAGUAAACCAGAGGUGUUUGGGAAUAAAAUGAUAAUUCCCUCCUUGGAUGGAGAUCUUUUCCAGUGGGAUCGUGACAGAGAGAGCAUUGAAGCUGUUCCAUUCACUGUUGAGUCACUUCUUGAAUCAUCCUACAGAUUUGGGGAUGAUGUAGUUCUGGUUGGAGGAAAGUCCCGGACAACAUAUGGGCUGAGUUCAUAUUCAGGAAAGGUUAAAUACAUAUGUUCAGCAAUGGGCUGUCGUCGCUGGGAUGAUGAUGAGAUAGAGCAGGAAGAUAUUCUUCUCCUACAUAGAACUCAGAAAACUGUUCGUGCUGUUGGGCCCCGCAGCGGCAAUGAAAAGUGGAAUUUUAGCGUUGGUCAUUUUGAACUACGUUAUCUCCCGGAGACUGAAACAAGGGUAGGAUUUCUUGAAGGGAAUAUGAAAUCAAAUAUUAACAAAGAAGAUUCUAAAAUUAUUUCGGAAGUAGAAGAACAGGAAGCUACAAUGAAGGAUACAGUGAUAAAGGUUUCAGUAGCUGACUGGAAGGUUAUGGCAUUUAAUAAGAAGGAAGGACAUCUGGAAUGGGAAUACCAGUUUUGCACUCCAGUUGCUUCUGCUUGGUUGGUGAAAGAUGGCAAAGUAAUACCAAUCAGUCUCUUUGAUGACACAAGCUAUACCUCUAAUAACAACAUCUUAGAGGAUGAAGAAGAUCUUGUAGAAGCUGCUCGAGGAGCUACUGAAUCUAGUGUUUAUUUAGGAAUGUAUAGAGGUCAGCUAUAUCUUCAAUCAUCAGUUAGAAUUUCUGAUAAAUUCCCUACUAACCCUAAAGCUUUGGAAUCCAGAAAUGAUAAUGCCGUUAUGCAUUUGCCUGUGAUCAAGUGGAAGCCUUUGAUUCAUUCUCCAUCAAGAACACCUGUGCUGGUAGGAUCUGACGAAUUUGAUAAAUGUCUCAGCAAUGACAAGUUUUCUCAUGAAGAAUAUAGUAAUGGUGCUCUGUCAGUUCUGCAAUAUCCAUAUGAUAAUGGCUAUUUUUUACCAUACUACGCACGAGAGAGGAAUAGACGAAGCACACAGAUAACUGUAAGAUUUUCUGAAAAUAUGAAUUCAAAGAUCAUCCGAAAAAAAGAUCCAGUUCUACUUCUGCACUGGUGGAAAGAAAUUGGUUGUACCAUCUUAUUUUGUAUUAUCGCCACAACUUUCAUUGUGCGCAGGCUUUUCCAUCCUGAUGCUUAUAGCCGGCAGCGGAAGGAGUCUGAAACUCAGUGUCAGACAGAUAAUAAAAAUGAACAAACCAAAGACAACAGCAGAGAUGACCUUAAGAAUUUUGGAUAUAUAUCAAGGUAUCUGACAGAUUUUGAACCAGUUCAAUGUCUCGGUCGUGGAGGUUUCGGAGUAGUAUUUGAAGCCAGAAACAAAGUUGACGAUUGUAACUAUGCUAUUAAAAGAAUUCGUCUUCCAAAUAGAGAGCUGGCACGUGAAAAGGUCAUGCGUGAAGUUAAAGCAUUAGCAAAACUUGAACACCCUUCUAUUGUUCGAUAUUUCAAUGCUUGGUUAGAAGCACCACCUGAGAGCUGGCAAGAAAGAAUGGAUGCACUGUGGUUGAAAGAUGAGAGUAUUGAUUGGCCACUCAGUUCUCCCAGUCCAAUGGAGGUGCCAUCGUUUAAAAUUAAAACAGAGCCAUUCUCUACUGAGGAAAACAUUGAAGUCAUUGCUACAUCUGUAGAAAAGAAGACUCUGCUUUCUGUAGGAUUGCCUUUUGACCAGUCAGAUUCAUCAGAGAAUGAAUUUUCUCCUUUGGAGUUUUCUGCCAUUGAGAACAGAAGUGCACAAGAUAAUUUCAUCGAUAGCUCUGAUAUGGAAAGCAGUCUUGAUAAUAAUGAUCCAAUACAUUCCUUUGAAGUUUAUCUUCCUGCUAAAUCGGUAGUAAGGUUGAGGGAGCGAACAUCUUCUUCUAUUGUCUUUGAAGACUCUAGUUGUGACAAUUCUUCCAAUAAAGAGGGUAAUGUUACCAGCUUGCUUCAUGAUAGCCAUUUUGAAGGUAAAGCGACAAGCACAAGAGAAUCCAAUAAUAGAAAGUCAUCAUCAACAAGCUCUUUAUCUAUUUCUCCACCAAGACCAACAACUUUAAGUUUGGACUGCUCUAACAACUCUACUCAAAAGCGUUUACCUACCACUCCAAAAGUGUAUCUUUAUAUCCAGAUGCAACUUUGUAGGAAAGAAAACCUUAAAGAUUGGAUGAAUAGAAGAUGUACAAUAGAGGAGAGAGAAAGGACUGAGUGCCUUGUGAUAUUUCUGCAAAUAGCUGAAGCUGUCCAGUUCCUGCAUAGUAAAGGAUUAAUGCAUCGGGAUCUCAAGCCUUCCAACAUUUUUUUUACAAUGGAUAACAUAGUAAAAGUUGGAGAUUUGGGCCUAGUAACUGCAAUGGAUCAUGAUGAGGAGGAAGAGUCUGUUUUAACACCAAUGCCAGCUUAUGACAGACACACAGGACAAGUUGGGACCAAACUGUAUAUGAGUCCAGAACAGAUUUAUGGAAAUGCUUAUUCACACAAAGUCGAUAUAUUUUCCUUAGGAUUGAUUUUGUUUGAGCUUCUUUAUCCUUUCAGCACUCAGAUGGAGAGAGUCAGGAUUUUAAGUGAAGUAAGAAACUUGACUUUCCCACCAUUGUUCAUAAAGGAAUAUGCACUGGAGCAUAAGAUGGUAAAGCACAUGCUCUCCCCAAGUCCCACAGAAAGACCAGAGGCUGCAGACAUUAUCGAAAAUCCUCUCUUUGAAGAUUUGGAAUUCCUUGUAAAACCAGUGCUCAGGCAACGAUCCCGGACAAUGAGUUCAUCUGGAGUCAAGCAUUCAAGAUAGCUGAGUAAAUAAUUUGGCACAAUUAUAGGAACCCUCAGAGAGAAUUUAAAUGACCAUUUAAUGCAUUCCUGCAAUAUUCAUAUUCAAUUUGUGUUAUCUGAUCCAUGCACAACACUAUUACCAAGUGAAACUAAGAACUGAAUGCUUUCAGACUUUUUCAAGUGAAUGAUUUUCACCUCAAAUCCUGGCCUGAUCUAAUAACAGUACAUUAUUUGCAACUGAAUCUUGUACAAAUGAUGCUUAUUAUGUAAAUAAAACUAAAUUCUGUAUUUUUAUAGAAACAAUGUCUUCUAGUACCAAUAAACCACCCUUGAUUUUUUAUAAUAAAAAAAUGAAGAUGAUCUGAAAGGAUACUAGAAGAGUAAAUUCAGUUUUGUCCCUGGUAACAUACAAAGUGAAAAUGGUUUUACUGUCAGUUGCCAGAUUGAGAGCAAUAGUGUGAUAGGCUUCUUUUCAGAGAAGUAAAUUGAAGAAAAUGUUUAGAUUGAAUGAAAAAUAUGUUGAUUAAAAAAAGAAAACACUACUUUGGAUACAGUUUUGAGUUGUACCAGAACCAAAUGAGGCAAUUUUUUUUUUUUGUAAUUCCAGGAAUAUAUGCCUAAUAUAAUGUUGAUAUAAAAAUGUUCUAGUAAUCAAGUCUUACAUAUUUCUCAGCUAAAAUGUUACUGUUUAAUAAUGCAAAUAAUGCCUUUUUCAAUGUAAAUAUGUUGAUUUUUAUUUAUACAAUUGGAAGAACAAUCCAUUUGGGUUGAUAGUGUACAGCAUGCACUUAAGAGAAUUAUUAAGUGCAUUAAACUACUGUGACUUUUUUCAAGUCUGAUUUAAUAAAAUAAUUUUCAUUUGGUUGUAACUGUGUGGUCUUUCAAGUUUGAAUGAAAAUAGCUUAAUUUUACCAUUUCAUCCCUGUUUGUAUAUGGUAGCUUUCCAGCAUCCUGCUAAAUUUCCUACCUCUCUCCCCUGCUGCAUACUUGCUGCUUCUUGUACCCUGUCUUCCCAGACAUGUAGGAAUCUCUCAGCUCCCCACUGCAUUCAUCACCUUCACCUGCCUCCUUACUGGGACUCUUCUUCAAGCCAUUCAUAGCAGAUGAGAAAACCCAAGCCAAAAAAGUGCUUCUUUAAAAUAAAUUUUAAAAACACACAAUCAAUCAAUCAAUAAUACAUGUACAAAUAUAUUUGCAACUCUCUUUUCCGUGUGUCAUAUCCAGGAAAUAAGUAAUUGUAUUUUUGCCAUUAUAAAUUAUAAAUAUUUUCCAGCUAGUUAAUUUUUAACAAGUCAUGUAAGAAAUGGAUGGAUACUUGUUUCUCCUUCAAAUUCAGCCAUGUUUUGCAUAUCUUUAAAUUUGAAGGAAAUCUUUCUACCAAAGUGAAAGAAAAGUUAUCAAAUAUUUAUUUCCAUGUGGAUUUGCUUAAAAUGCAAACCAGUAGUUUAUAUAAAAACAAGUUAGUGUUUUUCAGUGCCUGACUCCUCAAAAUCAGAUGGUUCCCACCAAAUCAUAAAUGUGAUUUGAAAAAGAAAAUAGAUCAAGGAAAAAUCAAAAAGCUUUUUAUGUAUAUAUCGGUAUAUAUUGUUUGCCUUUGUGUGUUUGUUACCCAUUUGCAUAUUUUUGUGUUAAAAAGAAAGCUGUAUUUACAUUCUCUUUUUCAAGAUUAACCUCUGCAAAUUAAUAUGGGGACACUCAAAGGCUUGGGAUAUAACUCUUAAGUUCUUCCUAUUUUUUCCCCUUUACCUCAAAAUGCCAACACCUACUGAGUUCAAACUUUAAAAAGUAACAUUCUGAACAAGGGUGUAAAAGAGCUAGGAUGUCUGAAAUAGACAUACUUUAUUUGGGCUGCAAAAAUUCAGAGAAUGACAAAAUGGUAGCAAAGAAUUUUGCUGCCGAUUUUUUUUUUUGUCAGAAGCACAAUAUGCCUUGUCUAUAGAACAGUAUAUUUGAAUACUUGAGGGGAAUUUUCCCAUAGAGAUGCAAUCAGAAAUGGAGAGAAAUUAGGCACAUUGUAAA